GUUAUGAUCAGAAAUAUUGGAGCGAAUAUUACCCCAAAACAGAGCAAAGUCAAGAGUUGUUUGUCUUGAUGGGAAACUUCUGUCCUGGCGGAUCUUCCAGUGUUCAACACGAACAGAGCCCUGUCUCCACCAAACCUCUCCCAGUGGUGAGACGUGAGGAAAAUCCAGUUAAUGUAAAGUUUCCGCCUCCGCUGGUGGCGAUGUCGCCGGCUAGAGAUUUAAAACCGAAGUUUCCGGCGCCGGGAACAGGACGGGAAACGAGAACCGUCAAUAACACACCUCGUGAGAAACCACAGGAGAAGACAAGAGCCGUCGAUAACACACCUCGUGAAAAACCGCAGGAGAAGACGAGAUCCAUCGAUAAUCCGCCAUUAAAGCCGGUAGAGAAAUUAGGCGUAGGGAGAAAAGCAGUGCCGCCGAGCGGGAAGAUAGUGACGCCGAAUCUAAAGAUGUUCUCAUUAAUGGAUCUCAAGACGGCGACAAAGAAUUUCAAGCCAGAAUCGAUGAUCGGAGAAGGCGGAUUUGGACAGGUUUUUAAAGGAUGGGUGGAAGAGAAGACACUAGCUCCGUCGAGAACCGGCGUCGGAAUACCAGUCGCCGUUAAGAAAUCAAACCCUGAUAGUGCUCAAGGCUUACAUGAAUGGCAGUGUGAAGUGAGAUUCUUAGGGAAGUUCCAUCAUCCAAAUCUUGUGAAACUUUUGGGUUAUUGUUGGGAAGAGAAUCAGUUCCUAUUGGUCUAUGAGUAUUUGCCUAAAGGAAGCCUUGAGAAUCACCUCUUCUCAAAAGGAGAGGCGUUGACAUGGGAUACACGUUUGAAAAUAGCCAUUGAAGCAGCUCAAGGACUUACCUUUUUGCACAACUCCGAAAAGAGUGUUAUUUACAGAGACUUCAAGGCUUCCAAUAUUCUUCUCGAUUCGAACUUCCACGCCAAGCUUUCUGACUUUGGAUUAGCCAAGCUUGGUCCAAUUAAUGGAUUCUCACACGUGACCACACGUGUCAUGGGCACACAGGGUUAUGCAGCUCCGGAGUACAUGGCUACAGGUCAUCUAUAUGUGCGGAGUGACGUUUACGGAUUUGGAGUGGUACUCUUGGAGCUCUUAACCGGUCUAAGAGCACUAGACCCAAACCGACCAUCUGCGCAACAGAAUCUUGUGGAAUGGGCUAAACCGGUUUUGAGCCAAAAGAAGAAGAUCCAGAAAAUGAUGGACCCACGGCUCGAGCACAAGUAUCCACUUUUGGCGGUGGUCAGAACCGCGGCUCUCAUUCUACGGUGUCUCGAGGCUGACCCGAAGAACCGACCGCCCAUGGAUGAUGUACUCAGAGAAUUAGAAAUCGUUAGGACUAUCAGAGACGAACCAAAAGAAGAGAGGCGUAAACGACCCAGUGGUGGUUCAGAUAAUAACCGGGUUAAUGGAUAUGGUUCACCGCACGUCCGUAUAACCGGCCGAGCCGGAUAGUCAAUUAGUUUGGGGUACACAAACAUACAUACUUACAUACGUAAACCUUUAAUUAAAAAGAAGAUGAUUUUUUUUUUUUUUUGGCUAGUGUUUAAUUGUGUUCAUUUUCUUAGGACUUAGUGAAAUAUUUAUCUCCUGAAAAUACCCAUGUUUUAUAGCGAAAAAAAAUCAAUUUGGUAAUAUCAUAAUGUCGCAUCUCUUCAUUUCUUUUCUUUUGCCAUAUUGUGA